ACUCUUCUAGACUCCUCCUCCUCCGCCUCCUCCCCCACCUCCUCCAUAACCCAUGCCCCAUCGGUUACUCAUUUCCUCCUAUAUAAUGAAGAAAACCCUAACCACCCAGAACUCAAUUCUAAUCAAAAUCAAACAAUCACAGAAACAGCAAAAUCAACAAAACAAAAUCUUCAAUUCAAUUUGAAAUUUCGUUCUUCAUUUCAGUUUCAUCACAAAAUUUGAAGGUACAAACCCUAGAAUUUUAAAGAAAAAUGAGUAUGAAUCCAGAUAAAUUCACCAUGAAAACCAACGAAGUUCUUGCAGGAGCGCAAGAACUAGCAUCAGAAGCAGGUCAUGUACAGAUUACACCGAUUCAUCUUGCACAUGCAUUGAUCUCUGAUAACAAUGGUAUUCUCCGUCAAUCAAUCAUCAAUGCCGCUGAUCAAGAAGGAGAAGAAGCUGCUAAAUCAUUCGAAAGGGUUGUGAAAAGAUUUCUGAAGAAAUUACCAUCUCAAACACCACCACCAGAUCAUAUUCCAGCGAGUACGUCUUUGAUUAAGGUGAUAAGACGAGCUCAAUCUGCACAGAAAUCGAAAGGUGAUACUUAUUUAGCCGUUGAUUCGUUGAUUCUGGGACUCCUGGAGGAUUCUGAGAUUGGUGAUGUGUUGAAGGAAACUGGUGUUAUUGUGUCAAAAGUGAAAGCAGAGAUUGAGAAAUUGAGAGGUGCGAAAGGUGAUAAGAAGGUGGAGAGUGCAUCUGGUGAUACUAAUUUUCAAGCAUUGAAGACUUAUGGUCGUGAUUUGGUUGAGGAGGUUGGGAAGCUUGAUCCGGUUAUCGGCCGUGAUGAAGAGAUUCGGAGAGUUAUAAGGAUUUUAUCGAGGAGGACGAAGAAUAAUCCGGUGUUGAUCGGUGAGCCUGGUGUUGGGAAAACGGCUGUUGUUGAGGGAUUAGCACAGAGAAUUGUUAGAGGAGAUGUUCCCAGUAAUUUAUCUGAUGUGAGGUUGAUUGCAUUGGAUAUGGGUGCUUUAGUUGCUGGAGCUAAGUAUAGAGGAGAAUUUGAAGAGAGAUUGAAGGCUGUGUUAAAAGAAGUUGAAGAAGCACAAGGGAAGGUGAUAUUGUUUAUUGAUGAGAUACAUACUGUGCUUGGUGCUGGUAAAACUGAAGGAUCAAUGGAUGCUGCUAAUUUGUUUAAGCCAAUGCUUGCUAGAGGUCAGUUGAGAUGUAUCGGUGCAACUACACUUGAAGAGUAUAGGAAAUAUGUGGAGAAGGAUGCUGCUUUUGAAAGAAGGUUUCAGCAAGUUUAUGUUGCUGAGCCUAGUAUUCCAGAUACUGUUAGUAUCUUGAGAGGAUUGAAAGAUAAAUAUGAAGGACAUCAUGGUGUAAGGAUACAGGACCGUGCUCUUGUGGUCGCUGCUCAGCUGUCCAGUCGGUAUAUUACUGGGCGUCGUCUACCUGACAAGGCAAUUGAUUUGGUUGACGAAGCAUGUGCAAAUGUAAGAGUUCAGCUUGAUAGUCAACCUGAGGAGAUAGAUAAUCUUGAGAGAAAGCGAAUUCAAGUAGAAAUUGAACUUCAUGCUCUUGAGAAAGAAAAAGACAAAGCAAGCAAGGCUCGUUUGGUCGAGGUUCGAAAGGAGUUGGAUGAUUUGAGGGAUACCGUCCAGCCACUCUUGAUGAGGUACAAGAAAGAGAAAGCUUUAAUCGAUGAAAUUCGAAGACUUAAACAGAAAAGAGAGGAGCUAACAGUUGCGGUUGAAGUAGCUAAAAAUAAAGGGGAUCUUGUAAGAGCUGCAGACUUGCAGUACGGGGCUCUUCAAGAGAUUGAAGUUGGUUUAGCCAAACUUGAAGGGAGCAUUGGUGAAAACUCGAUGCUUACGGAGGCAGUAGGACCUGAACAAAUUGCAGAAGUAGUUAGCCGUUGGACUGGUAUUCCAGUUACUAGACUCGGGCAGAAUGAAAAAGAAAGAUUGAUUGGGCUUGGUGAGAGGUUGCACAAGAGGGUAGUUGGGCAAGAUCAAGCAGUAUCCGCAGUGGCGGAGGCUAUUUUGAGGUCUAGGGCUGGCCUGGGUCGACCACAACAACCGACAGGGUCAUUCCUCUUCCUGGGACCAACUGGUGUUGGUAAGACUGAGCUAGCGAAAGCCCUUGCUGAACAGCUCUUUGAUGAUGAAAACCUUCUUAUCCGGAUAGAUAUGUCCGAAUACAUGGAACAACACUCGGUGUCUCGGUUGAUUGGAGCUCCUCCUGGAUACGUGGGCCAUGAAGAAGGUGGACAGCUUACAGAAGCUGUAAGGAGGAGACCUUACAGUGUCAUAUUGUUUGAUGAAGUUGAGAAGGCUCAUACUUCAGUUUUCAACACCCUCCUCCAAGUUCUUGAUGAUGGUAGACUGACUGAUGGCCAAGGACGCACAGUUGACUUCAACAACUCUGUUAUCAUCAUGACUUCAAACCUUGGAGCUGAACACCUACUAGCUGGACUCAUGGGAAAAUGUACAAUGGAGACUGCAAGAGAGAGAGUGAUGCAAGAGGUGAAAAAGCACUUCAGGCCCGAGUUGCUUAAUCGACUUGAUGAAAUUGUCGUGUUUGACCCUCUUUCUCAUGAUCAAUUGAGGAAAGUGGCCAGAUUCCAGAUGAGGGACGUGGCUUCUCGCUUGGCUGAGAGGGGAAUUGCACUAGCUGUGUCAGAUUCUGCAUUGGAUAUUGUACUGACUGAAAGCUACGAUCCGGUUUACGGCGCUAGGCCAAUCAGGAGGUGGCUAGAGAAAAAGGUGGUGACAGAGUUGUCAAAGAUGCUUAUUAAAGAGGAGAUUGACGAGAACUCUACUGUGUAUAUUGAUGCAAGUAUAGAUGGAAGUGAACUUACCUAUCGAGUGGAGAAGAAUGGUGGACUGGUGAAUGCCAGCACUGGAGAGAAGUCUGAUAUACUGAUCGAGAUCCCAAAUGGUGUGAAGAAUGAUGUGGCCUCUCAGGCUGUGAAGAGGAUGAAGAUAGCAGAGGUCGAUGAAGAUGAGGAGAUGGAGGAUUAAGUUUCUUUUGUGAAGGCCUCUGUAACACAUGAGGCUGGUUUCCUACUAUGAUAGUCGCGACAAAUUUUCUUUGAUACGAGUUGUAAGAAUCUGUGUUUGGUUAACAACUGUUGAUGUUUUGUUAAAGAGCCGGAAAUUUGUUUGAAGUGUAUCAGAUUUGUUUUCAAGUUAUUACCACUUGCCAAUUUAAUUUCCUUUCUGGUUAA